AUGAAGUUGACGCAGGUCCUUGCCCUUGCCUUGGCGUAUUCACCCAUCGCUCUUGCCAAAAACCAUGGCUGGCGCCGACAGGCACCUGAAGAUACUUGCAAGAUCCAGCUCGCUCAAAGCAAUGGCGGCCGGAAGAUUGCCAUUGUCCUAGACUCUUCGGGCUCCAUGUACUACAAUGACCCCGAGGACCUGAGAAUCACCGCUGGCAAGGCAUUGAACUCGCAGCUUGUCACUGGCCAGAAUGCCGAUCUUGUUACCGUCGUCGACCCGUCCGGUGCAGAGAGCUCGUUUGACAAGAUCAACAGCGAUGGCGGUACAUGGAUUGGAGAACUCGGACAACUGACGUUUUCCCUCGCUCCUUUUCGUAGUGGUAUUGCCAAGGCCAUCGACGAACUCAGCAAACCAGGAAGCGGGCCUGUUGCAGACAAUUCGGGAAUAGUUGUUUUGACCGACGGCGAAGACUCUGAUACCGAAUUCUUGAUUGAACAGAUCAACCGAGCUGGCACUGCCGGCAUUCGCGUCAGCUUUGGCUUCCUCGCUCCCUCCGACUCCUUUUCUGGCACGGAGCUGGAAACCGCCAUCCUAAAGACUGGAGGAACAUUCAUGUCCUUCCACGACGCGGCCAACAUCCAGCCUUGGCUCUUCCUCCUCCUCAGCAACGGACUGACCGCGAGUGACCACGACUCCAGCGCCGACCAGCCCCUCUUGUCAGGAAUUACUAUCGCCAAGCUUACUGGGACCGAGCCCGUGUCCUUCUCUUACGUUGCCCAGAGCGGAGAAGGCCUCACCUUCACCAUCGAAUCCCACUCGUCUCAGGCCCUCGAAGCUGACCUACAAGACGCUUCUGGAAAGUCAAUCGUGAAGAAGGCCACCACUGCCGAUCCCGCCGUCAUUAGCUACAAUACCACUACGGAUGGCACCCUAAAGCUCGUCGUCUCCUCCACCAACUCCACUGCGGAGGGAAUCUUCCAGGUCUCUCUUGAUUCAUCUCUGGGAAUUUCUGGCUGCACGCUUCCUAACCGAACUACCGUCCCUACUGAUACUGGCGACAACGGCUAUGGAACUGGAUCUGGCACGGGUUCUAGCUGCCACCCCGCUCCUGCCCCUGCCGCCGCCCCGAAGACCGUAGUCGUGAAGAAGCUCGUAGAUCCCGUUGCAACCGAGUGCAACGGUGAAGGUUCUCGCCCUUCCCGCAUCCCGCGUGCGGCGAAGGUGCCUGAAGGUUCCGUACUCCCGCCCCUGUUUGCUCCUGUGCCUGUUUAUUUGAUUCCGUCGUCGAUUCCGCGACCCAAGGGAACUGUAGUUCAGCCUUUCCUCCUAUGCCCUGCAAGCCUCAAGUGCGGUCUCGAUCGAUUCGCUCGUCGCUGCCCCGUCGUUGUCCCCGUCAUUGCCCCCGCCCCCGUCGCCCCCGUCAUUGUCCCCGCCGCUGCCCCCAUCCCCGCCCCCGUCGCUGCCCCGGUUGUUGUCCCCGUCGCUGCCCCCGCCCCCGCCCCCGUCGCUGCCCCGGUUGUUGUUCCCGUCGCUGCCCCAGUCGCUACCCCCGCCCCCGCCGUUGUCCCCAUCAUUGCCCCCAUUGCCCCCGUCGCUGCCCCAGUCGCUGCCCCCGUCGCUGUCCCCGUCAUUGCCCCCGUCGCUGCCCCGGUCAUUGUCCCCGUCGCUGCCUCCAGCCCCAUCCCGAGCCCCGAGCCUUCCCCCGUCGCUGCCCCCAAGCCUAGCCCCAGCCCCGAGCCUUCCCCAGUUACACUUCCCCUUCCCGGUUUGAGCUCUGUGGCCCCCGACCUGAUCCCGGAUGGCGCAAUUGCUCUGGCUUCAAGCCUCGCCCCUACCUCGUUGCCGCCACCACCAUGGAAGAACGGUAGUGCCGGUGCCAGAUCCCUUCGAACCCGAGGAGACACCCCCACCCUCCCCAUCCUCCCCUUCGUUGCUGCCACCUUUGUGUUAUUUCUACAUGACACGCUCCGGAAGCCCGGUUUUCUCUCCUUUGCCUCCCCGGCGAGGGAUUCGCCUCUCCUUUCAGAGGGUGAGCUGGCUAAGUGA